UAAUCUUAAAUAAAAAUUCAAUGAUUACAUUUUUUUCCAUCAAUCUAGGUUCCACUGCAAGUAAUGUAUCGUUACAAGCAUGGUCUUCCAAGCAAGUUGAAGAAUUUGAACAUUUGGUUGGUUGUGGUGAUCUUGAUGGAUUGAAUGGUUCACUAUCUGCUAUUGGUACUAAUGAACUUGUUAAUGUUGUUGCAUCUUAUAACAUAAGCUUUGUUGGCGCUACCCUCGUUGACAAUCUUCAAACAGGAAGCUCCUUCCCCGGAAAAUCAGAUCAACAAUCCAAAUUUGAAUCACAUGAUUUUUCUAAUGGUCCGUCCACUGGUAAUCAUGUAUCCUCAUCUCAACAAGAGUAUGAAUUUAAUGGAGAUAAUCGAUUUCAAUAUGUAUUGGGAGCAUCGACAAGUAUGGCAAUAAAAUUAGUUGAUGAAACAUUGACGUAUCUUAAUCAAGGCCAACCUUACGAAUUAAAAUUAAAAAAACUUGGUGAUUUAUCAGCAUAUCGUGGAAGAAUACUUAAGUCAACGAUUAAAAUAUGCUUUCAUGAGAGGAGAUUGCAAUAUACUGAGCGUGAACAAAUGAUUGCUUGGCAACAGGCUAGACCUGGUGAGCGUUUGUUAGAAGUUGAUGUACCUUUGAGUUAUGGUGUAUUGGAAGUAACACAAAAUGCUUUACCGAAAAAUACUGUUGAAAUUACAUGGGAUCCAACUAAAGAAGCUAAUGUUUACAUUAAGAUCAAUUGUAUCAGUACUGAAUUUACGGCAAAAAAACAUGGAGGUGAAAAAGGUGUACCGUUUCGGAUUCAAGUAGAAACAUCGUUAUGUAAUGAUUUUCGAUUGCAUGCAGCCUCUUGUCAAAUCAAGGUCUUUAAAUUAAAAGGAGCAGAUCGUAAACACAAGCAAGAUCAAGAAAAAAUACGCCGAAAACCACCAGAAAAACAAGAUUUAUAUCAACCAAGCUGUGAAUGCACUGUUUUAAGUGAAAUACCACUCAAUUUAUUACCACCAACAAAUUCUGGUCUGAACAGUCAAAUAAAUCCUAUUGUGCCUACUGAUAUAACUUCAAGCUCGAGAAAUGGAUCACCUUCAGAUUCUGGGCCAGACGAUACUAGUGAAGGAUCGCCACAACAAUUACCAAGAGCAUCAUCACCAGCAGUUAUUCUUCCAGAUCAAACAUCAAGUACUGAUAUAACAGUUGGUAGACCAUUUUUCCUUCCUGAAAAUGCAAAUCCUACACAAACAACGGCUUGGUUGCGUGCCAAUGGAUUUCAAACACUUGAAGCAACGUUCAGAGAUUUUUCAACCGGUGAUUUUCGUUUACUGACUCGAAAAGAUUUCAUCGAAAUAUGCGGCUUAGUUAAAGGUAUUCAGCUCUACAACAGAAUUAAGUUACGGUUUCCAGAACCAUUACGAACGUUAUAUUUCGCUGUGGAAAAUAAUGAAACUCCAGUGUGGGAAGUUAUAUAUUUGCAUCAUUUAAAUAGUAAUAUUCUCAUUGCUGAAAUUAUGAAAAAAUUCAACCUUUCUAUUGAGCAUUUACAUUCCAUUUGGCUUAGAGGACCACAUAAUAUUCGGAUUUCAAUUUCUAAUGAAGUUGUGGAGAAUAUGAAAGAUGAAAAUUUAUACUUAAUCGAAAUUAUAAAAGAUAUGCCUAACGACAGCUACAAACUUCUAUUGAAACCUUUUAAUGGUGACAACGAUGUUUAA